ACAGAAAUUUUAGGCGAGGUGAAGGAAAAGGAAUAGGCAGACACCGGUGUGAUCAAAGGGGACAGGAAAAACAGGGUGAACGGGACGAGUAAACGGGACCGUGGUUCGCGCGUUUCCGGCGCGUUGGAGACUGGAAACCGCUAGACCGAUCGAAGUCGAUCUCUCCUCGCGGUUCGAAAGUUCGGCCGGGCCACGGUUACGACACGAUACCAGACGACGAGAUCGUCGAAGGCGGGAGUUGAGAACUGUCACUGAUUGUUAGUGAAAUAGUACGGGAAAGCAUCCGGGAAAGACGAGAUGGUGUACGGAGGAGGCUUCGAUAUGGUGGAAACGAUGCCACAGACAGUACCCUCCGCAGCCGGCUAUUCGCCGUCUUUCGAUUACAGCACAUUCCAGUUCGAUCUGUCCCUUCUUUCGGAUGAUUAUGGCGCCACGAGUGCACAGAACACGUUGAAACCAGCGCAAAUCAAACAAGAAGCACAAUCGCCGCGUCCUGGCUCACCUAUCACCACUUACUCGAGUCCACUGUAUCCAGGUGCCGGUGGUGAACUGCCACUGUCCCCUAAUUACUCGUACGAAGGUUCACCGGGGUACCCGACGAGUCCUUACUACGUUCCCAGGAGUCCUCAGAGCGCACAGUUCUACCCGACAAGCCCGGAACCGUCAGCGAAACAACCAGUCAAGAGGGAAAAAAGCCUCGACCUACUGGCCAUCCUACAAGAAUCCAGACUCUUGGCCGAGAGUCUGGGUUACCGAGAGGACUCGACCGACUGCACAGUGCCGUGCACACCGCCCAGAACGGAAGAGGACAUCUACAACAGCCUUGACGCGGACUUCUUCGCUAAAAAGGAAGAUGCCGCAGUCCAAGCGCACCCGUUGCUGAAGGAAAUCCUGUUCAAGGAGGAGCCGCGGUCCAGCUGCAGCGGCAACACCAGCAACACAGUGACCAGCAACUCCUCCGCGUCCACGUUGACGUCCUCCUCGUCGACCGCGUCCUCCUCGCCCGACCCGGUCGAGCUCGAGAACAGCUCCCCGCUGAGGAACCUACUGUUCAAGGGCGCUAGGAAGGAUUUCGCGGACGCAGCGAGAACAAAUGUACUGAAACUUGAGAGAACAGAGGACGAGGCCAGAAAUCCGCUGCAGAAGGAGGAGGAGCUGUUCAAGGACGGGCAGAAGAGCGACCAUCAGUUGCUCAGGGAAGUUCUGAGGGAUACCAGCUUCCAAAAAAAGUACAACCUGAGACCCGUGGAUCUUGGCAACGUCGGCACCGGGUUCGUCGAGGACAUGGAGCCCGGCGAGUGCGUCGGAGACCUGACCAGGGAACAAAUCGAGCCUGUUCUCAGCCUAGCCAUCCAACAGCUGCAGAAAGACUUUGAUAAUACAUGCGUGGCGCUGGGCAUUCAUCCGGAACCACGACGUUGGAGUGCAGCGGACGUAGCCGCCUGGAUACAAUGGGCCAGGAGGCAAUUGCAGUUGCCCUCGGUGCCAUUGGAGAGCUUCAACGUCGACGGUGCAACGUUGACGUCACUCACGGAGGAAGAAUUCUGUCAGCGUGCACCUCAGUGCGGAAGCAUGCUGCACGCACAGCUGGAAAUUUGGAAGGCAGCCGUGGAAGAGUCACCGCGCAAUACAUUGGCAGCUUCCUGGAGCCCUGCUGGUGUUGUUCAAACGCCCAACAACAAUACAACAGGUUCGUCAACUAUCGGAAAUACAACCAGCAUCAGUGUCAAAGGAUCGUCUUGCAGCGUAGAUUUCUCCGAUGACGAGGACGAGGAUUGCGGCUCCUCGCAGGGCGGAGCAGGCGGUGGUGGCGGUGGCGGCGGCGGCGGCGGUAAGAUGCGGAACGGCGGCUCGCACAUCCACCUGUGGCAGUUCCUGAAGGAGCUGCUGCAGAGCCCUGGGGUGCACGGGUCCUGCAUACGCUGGCUGGACCGCGGCAAGGGCGUGUUCAAGAUCGAGGACUCGGUCCGCGUGGCCAGGCUCUGGGGUAAGCGGAAGAACCGUCCGGCCAUGAACUACGACAAACUGAGCCGCAGCAUCAGGCAGUACUACAAGAAGGGGAUCAUGAAGAAGACCGAGCGUAGCCAGAGGCUCGUCUAUCAGUUCUGCCAUCCGUACUGCCUUUAAGACGGCUCGACACCCGUUAAGCCUUCGCGCUCGGCCCCGGCUGGCUGUUAGCCGGCGCGCAUCGGCGAUCGAUUCUUUAUUUAUUCCCGACGAAACGCGAACGCUUCCCGAGGACGGUAUGUCCCGUGAGCGGAACCAUUUACCCGAGUAUUUAUUAAAAGGUGCGCGCGGCCAGGGUAUAAUAUCCGGCCGGACGGCUGUCUCCUCGAUGUUUCAUCGGAGAUCCAGCCGUCAUCUCCGAAAUAUCGGCGACAGUUUCGCCGGCACGGAGAUCUUGUCGGAAUAAUCGCGCUGUCGCGAUGCUUUAUCGAGCGGCGAACACGAGCGCGAAGGGUUAACACCUUUCCAUCGAUUCCAGAGUCAAGGCUGUCCGCUGAUCGCCUUGACUCUGCCGGUCAUCGAAGGGAGUUGUGCGACGAAGGGCUUCCGACUCUUUCUUACGUGUAACUUCUCGUUCUCUUCUCGCCUUCUUUCCUCUCUUCACUUCCUCUUUUCCUUCUCUUCUCUAUUUUUUCGUUUCUUUCUUUAUCCACUUGUCACGAUACGCGGUUGUGCGUGCGAGUGCGUGCGUGCGUGCGUGUGUGCGGUGCGUUCGAUUAAAGGAGAAUCAGUACGGAGGUCGAAGGUAAACGAUCCACCGUGUCCGGCAUUAUCCUCCGAGGAUAACGUUCGCGACACGGCUGGGUGUCACUUAGUACGCCCGUUUUGGGCGACCAACCCCCUUACCCCCAACCCGAACCUUCCCCACUAACGUUCUAACCAAUUCCCCGUCCCAUGAUUUCACUCCCGAUUACCCACGUUGUAAUAUAAAACAUCUUUCUAUUAAAAUUAAGUUGAUCCCGCGUUACGCGAGCCGCUGUUCCACCGCGGUUCCCGUUGGAAGAAAGAAAAAACAAAGAAAAAACGAGCUGCGUUUAUGGUUUUAUCUGCGUCGGGACGAUGGACAGGUCGAUCUUGAACCCUUUCGACUGGUGUAUUCUAUGUUUUCCUUUAUUCACGUCGAAAUCUUCAAUCGUACCUCAGAGUAUAUAUUUACAGUUCACGAUAAUCAACGGUCUUGUUUCACGAUGCAACGAUGUUACGAUGCCGUGUACCAGCCUCUCAGCGCCGUCAAUUACUAAUGUAUCGUUCUCACGUACUUACAUUAACGUCGCACUAAUGUUUCUACUUUAAGUAACGUAAUAUCGUAACGCCUAAUAAUGCUAGUAUUGUUACUAUGUUGGUGUAAUAUUAGUAAUGUUACUACAGUGUAUUACUAACAGCCGUCUCACCGCGAUAACGGGCCAGCGUUGCCGCUAAAUCGGUAUUAUAUACCGUUGCGGCCGCGACCGGCGCGUUAUCACCGCGUGUCGGACGCUGUUUCGCUGGUACGCCUACGCGGCGACGCUAUCCGCGCCGCGUGGUUGAAUGGUGUUCAAGAUCGACGCUCUCGGAACCACGCUUGGGAGGUACGUCCCGCGAAUUUUCGAGUGUUGGCCGUCGGCCUGCCGACGCAUUUUUGUUCGAGGACGGAAAAAUCAACGACGAAUGAAAAACAUGAGCGGUAAUUCGUUGGAGAAAAGGGAAGAAACUGCUCUUUCCUCUCUGUUCUCAAGAUUGCUUACUAGCACCGGUCGCCGAAGCCUCGAGCCACAUCCGAUCCACGGAUCCACGGCCGGCGGACGAUCCGGCGCGCGGAACUAUUCGCUGCUGCUCGGCCCGUCCCGUCGUUCCUCCUUUUUUCAGAGAAAACCCGGACGGUAAGAUAAGAAACGUGUUCUUUUUUUUUUAUUGUUACCGGUGAACGUCGCGCCAGUCGAACGAUCGUUAACGUAUUCACAAGUUCGAUCGACUUGUCGAGGAAUAUUUUUCUAUGGAAUUCAGAGGUUUCAGUGAACCUGUACGCGAGAAGGAAUAUUCGAAGAUCUUCGUAGAGUAUCUAGAUACUUUGAAAUUACAAAAUACUGUAAACUAUUUUCGUAAAUUCAAUGGGAAUGAGACUUAUAGAAUUUCCAAUUUACAGAUUUUAAUACCACAAACUAGACGUUGUAUAUUGAAAGUUUUCUAUCUCUGUCUCGAAACGAUAGAAAAAGAUUGAAGUUAUUUAUUAGUACCUUCUUAUUUCGUACCUUCGCCAUUAAAUACUAUAAAAUACAAAGCGUUGUAAACUAUUUUCAUAAAUUCAGCUAGAACGAGACUCGUAAAAUCCAAUUUACAAAUUUUAAUACUACAAAUUAGACUUUGUACAUUGCUGUAAAUAUUCUACCUACGAACUGUUAUUCGUAAGAAAAAUUCGAAGUUAUUUAUCGGCACCUUAUUUACAAUUUACAAAGGCAACAAUGUCUCUUCGGACUGCUAUGAACUUAUAAUCUCCAAAUUCUACGGAACUUUACUACAAGUAUAUUCUUCCCGGAGCGAGUAGACUAGAUCGUUAUCUUCGAAGAGCGAGUGGAAACGUUGGAAAGCCGAAGACUUUCCGUGGAACGUUCACGCUCGAAGGUCCGUUUAACGUGGGAUUUUCUGUCACGCCCACGGAUCGGAAAUUGAAUAGUGCCUUCCGAAGUGCCUUCCCGAUGGUAAAACGGCCGCGGCGGCAAAAAUCGCUCGCGAUCUGUUACACGGCCUUUUGCGGGCCGAGCGGAAAAUCUCGCUGGCGCGGCGUGAAACGAUCGUAUCGUCGUAGGACACGCGAUUAGGGCCACGAUCGGGGCUCCUUUGAAAACGGCCGAACGACGGCCGUGGAUUGCUCGAGGCGCGGACGUUUGCGCGACUGGCUCUGGUGAUUUUGGUCCCAUAUAUCUAUGAUAUAUUAACGUUGUAUGUUCCAUGAACGACCUAGCAUGUAAGUUCACUUUAGCUGCGUAAAGAGCAUCGGCGGCUCACGUGAGCCGCCGUACAGUUACUCCAAGAGAUUUCUCGUCUUCCUCUUCUUUUAUUGUGUUUUCUUUUGAUUCUCCGCACGGACUUUUCUUCCCGUGCAAACACACUUCCGUCGGGCUACUCGUGUGCGACGCGAACGAGUAUCGGGACGUGCGAUGAGUGUUGCUCCGAGCAACUUCGCAUCGAUUCCCGUGGAUUCCAGAGACUUUCAGAAGAAUGUUCUACGGUUCUUUCACCUUGCGAAGGUGGAGAGUUUCGCAAAAAGUAUGCAGAAUGUUUCGUUUUAAUCUGUGAACGGAAUUGUUUGCGGAUCUGUUUGUUGCUUGAAAAGUUAUUUGGAGAAUUUGUUAUGUUGGUUUGAUGGGUUAGCACAUUUUUGUGAGAUAAUUUGCUCGAUUGAUUUAGUUAAUUGUGAAAAUGAUUGCUGAUUUGAAAAAUUAAUUAUGAAAAGAGUUUCAUGAUUGUACUUUGGAAAAUAAUAUCUAAUCGUUAUAUCGUUUGCAAGUGUUUAGCUAGAGAUAAACUAUGUGUAAAUUAUUCAUUCCACCAAACGAAGAAAAUUGUAUUUGAAAAUACAGUUAAAUUAGUAAGGAUUAUAAUUAAGUAACGAACAGUUUCGAAGAUAAUUAUUUGAAUAGAUUUAAAUGGGACAUUCUAUAUAUGUUUUGUACAUACAUUUUCUAUAUAAAUUUUCCAUUAUUAUUGCGUUGCUGCCGCCACGCGAAGUGCUCAGUCGUCUGCAUUGUUGUGGAGAGAUCCAGUUUGAAUGUAGAUAAACAAUAAUACGUUAUUUCUUUCGGACAAUUGUCCUGCUCGGUGCACGUAGCUGGGUAAUAAAGAGCAGUGUAUACGAUUUCAUGCUUGUUUUAUCGGCUGACUUCUUUGUUGGUACGAGCAGGAUAGAGAAAAAGCGAAAGCAGUCCCGAUAAAAUAUGACUUCAUAUAAUUAAUAGUAAAUAAUUCGUUUUAUUUCAAUUCGUGCGUGGAACUUCGAAAAUAAAAUAUCCUGUAUAAUUUAUAUAUUGAAAUGGAGUGUGGAAAAAUAGUAUAUUUUCAGUCUCUUU